UUCUAACAUCAUUUGAUAUUAUGGGCAAAAUUUUCAAUAUUUUCUUUGCUCUUACAAUUUUGAUUCUAUUACUCCAUCACCAUACUUCACUUGCUAAUGUUAACACUGAUAAAGCUGCUCUUCUUGCAUUCAAAUCUCACAUUUCUUUUGAUCCUAACAACAUCUUAGCAAGCAACUGGUCGUCUUCCGGCCCUGUUUGCAGCUGGAUUGGAAUCACUUGUGGCUCUCGACACCAUCGAGUCACUGCUUUAAACAUUUCCAGCAUGCACCUUCAUGGUACCAUUCCUCCACACCUCGGAAACCUCUCAUUUCUCGUAUUCCUAAACAUCUAUAACAACAAUUGCUCAGUUGCAGAGGUUGAAAUACAUUAAUGUUAGAAGCAAUAACUUCACCUAACAAGCAACUCCCUAGAUGGAGUUAUUCUACCAAGCCUAGAGAAAUGCAGAAAGCUUCAAAGAUUGUCAUUGUUGCUCAAUGAGUUUGUAGGAACUAUACCAAGAGAGCUAGCCAACUUAACAGCUCUUACAACAUUAUUUCCCGGAGAGCAACACUUGCAAGGAGAGAUACCAGCGGAGCUAGGUAAUCUUAAGAAACUACAGCUGCUGAGUUUGCCUGAUGGUAUGUUUAGGGGCUCUGUCCCUUCAAGCAUUUUCAACAUAUCAACACUGCAGCUCAUAGAUCUUAGACAACACUCAUUGGUCUGUCAAAAAAUAAUUUUUCUGAUAAGAUUCCUAGUACUCUAGGGGGUCUAGAUAAUUUGAUUAAUCUUUCCCUGGCACAUAAUAGACUAGAAGGGCCUAUUCCAGAUUCAUUUGGAAAAAUGUUGGCAUUGGAAUUCUUAGAUUUGUGCUAUAAUAAUCUUAGUGGUAAAAUUCGAAAGUCUUUAGAAGCUCUUGUGCAUCUCAAGUACCUGAACUUCUCAUUCAAUAAACUCAGUGGAGAAAUUCCCAUUGGUGGUCCUUUUGCAAAUGUCACUAGUCAAUCCUUCUUGUCCAAUGAUGCACUCUGUGGUGACUCCCGGUUUUACAUUAAACCAUGUCAAACCAAAUCUACAAAGAAGUCAAGAAGAAAAGGAGUACUUAUAGGUUUAUAUACGCUGUUAGGUAUUGGAUUACUCCUUGUGUUGGCCGUUGGAUUUGUGGUGUUAAGAUUGAGAAAGACAAAGAAGCAUGCAAGCCAAGCAGAUGUGUCUCUGGUAAAAGAACAUGAAAGAAUUUCCUAUUAUGAACUUGAACAUGCAACAGAAGGAUUCGACGAAAGCAACUUGCUUGGUACAGGAUGUUUUAGUGUGGUCUACAAAGGGAUACUUAAGGAUGGUACUCUUUUGGCAGCAAAGGUAUUCAAUGUGCAAGUUGAGGGUGCAUUCAAAAGUUUUGACACGGAAUGUGAGAUACUCCGCAACCUUCGCCACAGAAAUCUGACAAAAGUCAUUACAAGCUGUGCAAACCUUGAUUUCAAGGCCCUUGUGUUGGAAUACAUGCCCAACGGGACACUUGAUAAGUGGUUAUACUCUCACAACUUGUUCUUGAACUUAUUGCAGAGACUGGAGAUAAUGAUAGAUGUUGCAUCUGCAAUGGACUAUCUCCAUAAUGGCUACUCAGCCCCUGUGGUGCAUUGUGACUUGAAACCAAGCAAUGUAUUGCUAGAUCAAGAAAUGGUUGCUCAUGUAAGUGAUUUUGGCAUUGCAAAAUUGCUAGGUGCAGGGGAGGCUUUUGUUCAAACAAGGACAAUUGCAACCAUUGGAUAUAUUGCUCCAGAGUAUGGACAAGAUGGAAUAGUAUCCACGAGCUGUGAUGUUUAUAGUUUUGGCAUUCUGAUGAUGGAGACGUUCACAAGAAAGAGGCCAAGUGAUGAAAUAUUUACCGAAGAAUUGAGCAUACAACGUUGGGUUAGUAAUUCCUCCCAAGUGGAAUUCAUACGGUGGUGGAUUCUAAUUUGGUACCGCCAGGGGAUGAACAAGUUGACGCAAAGAUGCAAUGUUUGUUAUCUAUCAUGGAAUUAGCUUUGUACUGCACUUAAGUGGCACCUGAUGCAAGGAUUAGCAUGAAAGAUGCACUUUCAACACUGAAAAAGAUUAGACUACAGUUUGUCAAUAGUCGACUCUAGGUGGAAUCAGACCGUCCACUCAACUACUUAAAAGUGUGUUUAAUCAAGGUUGUAGGAAGCAACUAGUUUCUUGAUGUAUGCAGUUUUGAUGAUAUAUGAAAGUCAAAACAACUACUCAAAUGGACCAUUAA